GAAGGGGUUAUGAACCGUGAAUAAUCCAUUUGAAAAGACAUGUAAAGCUUCAGCCCACUCGAAAAAGCAAAAGAUGUCUUUUGAGGACUAACUGAUCAUUGUCAUCUGGCUGACCUGACCUGAACUUUUUCGACCACUAGCAGUCGCGUACCAUGAACUUUCUGUACAACCGCGGCGGCCGGUCGGGCGGCUCGGACGGCCACUCGCCGCUCUCGCUCGGUCGAGGUCGGGUCAAACUGCAGCCGCGUCGACUGCGGUCCGCCGCCGCUGCCGCCGCCGCCGCCUCCGCCGCCGAACAGGAGGCGUCUGAGCGUGUCACGCGCACACACCUCUUCCUGGGGUUCGGCGGGGGCGGCGGCGGCGGCGGCGACGGCGAAUCGCGGCCGCGUCGCUCGGGCCUGGUCGGCUGGCUGACCGGCCGUGGUAAGAGGAGGACCAGCCGGUCACGCCAGGAGGAGGAGCAGGCUCAGGAGCCGCCGACAGUGACUGUGGUGCCGCCGCCGCCGCCCGACCCGUGUGAGCAGGAGCUACUCUCCCUGGAUCAGCUGAGCCAGGACUGCUUCAUGGUGCCCCACGCACUGGUCCACAGGUUCCUGCCGACUGGGCACAAGCUGCCGACCUCUCCCCCGGCGCGCGGCCAGCGUCUGCGGAUGCACGAGACCAGCGACCCGGACCUGUCGGUGGUCCUGCACGUGCUGACGCCGCUGGAGCCGGUGACGCCGCCCAGUGUGCUGGAGCCCGUCAGCCCGCUGCAGGUCCAGCUUACCGCCUGCCUAUCGCUGCUGAAGAGGGUGGCUGCCGCGGGGAAGACGAGAGAUGCGAUACUGCUUAGUAACCUGGAGAGGACCGAGCCGUUUCCGUUUCUGCUCUACUACACGGUGGCUAAGUCGGGCCGCGCCGCGCAGGAGGUGCUCUCGGAGGUGCGACACGGCGUGCGGACCACGUUCUCACCUCUGCAGACCACCCUGGUCGGUCAGCACACAGUGCGGCUGUACCAGGAGGUGGCCACCAUCGCCCGGCCGCCGCUCACCGACCAGCGGCGUCCCAGCAGUGACCGUACCGGCUACAUCAUCUCUGUGUUCCGGGUCAUGGAGGGGGACGACCGACACAGCUUCGAGCGCGACUGGCCCAGCUGGACCGGAGCACGACUUCUGUACCGGACCAUCCCGAAGCGGGCGGGCCUGCGUCGGAUCGUUCUCCACAAGUCCUACGACUCUGACACGGGGGACAUCUUCUACAUUCUCAGCUGCGAGUACAGCCGGCUGUUAGACGACGUCGUCUCCACUGUGAAGACGCUGCCGGCGCUGAGGGCGCGACUCAUCGGUUAUACUGGCAUCUACAAACCCAUGGCGGUGCUAUGAAGGUGGUAGGAGAGGGGUAGGUUAGUUCUCGUCACAUGUGAAGCUGUUGUGGUGGUUCUAGUUAUGCUGAUGCUAUGACUACGGAAGUGUAUCGGUAUGGAAAGAUAAAAACAUUGACUUGUUUUGAGGGUAAUAUUGAACCAAUGCGCGGUGAAAGGAGAGUGUGUUCAUCGCCACUUUACAGUGACGGCAGU